ACGAUCAUCAUUCCUUCAAAUAUCGUCUUGCGGUCAACAAGUGAUAAGACUUUGUGAUAAUACAAAAUGCCAUUGCGACAAUUACUCCUCCAAUCGUCAAGCAACGUUCAUGGAUUUGGAUAUCUUCAACAUGCCAAGAACGAAAUUAUCAAUUUUUACACCAAGAACAAUAUUACUCAAAUUCUCUUCAUCCCGUACGCUUUGAAGAAUCAUGACGAAUACACAGCAAAAGUCGCUGGAGUUCUCGAAGACUGGGGAUAUCGCGUCGAAGGCAUUCACACGAAGAAAAAUCCCGUCGAAGCAGUCGCGAAUGCUCAAUCCAUCUACAUUGGAGGCGGAAAUACAUUUCUUUUACUCAAAACUUUGUACGAUCAGGGACUUGUAGAGCCAAUUCGUCGUCGUGUCUUGCACGAAGGUGUGCCUUAUGUCGGAGCUUCGGCAGGAACGAAUGUUGCGACGAAUAGUAUUUGCACGACGAACGACAUGCCAAUCGUUUAUCCGCCGAGUUUUGAUGCCUUGAAGCUCGUGCCGUUCAACAUAAAUCCGCAUUAUUUGGAUCCCGAGCCCGAGAGUCGUCACAAAGGCGAGACACGCGAACAAAGAAUCGGGGAAUUUCAUGAAUUUAACGAGACAGCAGUUGUUGGGUUGCGAGAGGGAAGUGCUUUGUAUGUGGAUGGUGAUAAGAUAACGUUGAAAGGCGAUCGGAAUGUUCGGUUGUUCCAAAGAGGUCAAGAACCCACGGAAUACCCACCUGAAUCGGAUUUGAGCUUCCUCUUAAACAAGGCUGAAUAAAUUUUUCUAUUUUUUGUUAUUGCAAUAAAAUUUAAAAACAUUA